AUGGCCCCCGUCCGCAACGCCCGCCCUGGCAAAACCACUGUCUACGACGACUCCCAGACUAUCGACCUUGACACCAUCCCGCUCAGCGGUGGCUUCCUCAUAAAAACGCUCGCGCUCAGCAUCGACCCUUUCAUGCGUGGUCGCAUGCGAGACCCGAGCAUCAAGAGCUACGCCCCCGCGUUCUCCGUCGGCGAGCCGCUCAGUAACUACGCCGUCGCGCGGGUCCUCCGCGCUGAACACCCCGCCGUCAAGCCGGGCGACCACGUGUACGGUUUCAUGCCCUUCCAGGAGUACACCAUCUUCUCCGACCCUGCCGAGCUUGGCCCGGAUACAUUCCGCAUCUUGGAGAAAAGGGAAGGCCUCCCAUGGAGUGCGUUCUUGGGUGUAUGCGGCAUGCCAGGACAGACCGCACAUCACGCCUGGCACGAACACGCGCACGCCAAGCCCGGCGAGACCGUUUUGUCACUGCUGCUGCAGGCCCUGUUGGCGCCUGCCAAGAUCUGCGGACUGAAGGUGAUCGCGAGCGCGGGGUCGGACGAGAAGGUGGCGUUUGUGAAGUCGCUCGGCGCGGACAUCGUGUUCAACUACAAGAAAGAAGACACAAGAGUUUACUGGGACAAUGUCGGCGGGCGGACUCUCGAGGCGGCGUUGGCUGCGGCGCACAGCCACGCGAGAUUCAUCGAGUGCGGGAUGAUCAGCGCGUACAACGCGGAGCCGUACGUACCGAAGAACCUGCAGCUCAUCGUCCACAAGGAGAUCAAGAUGAGCGGGUUCAUUGUCUUGAGCCUACAUCACAAGUACCUCAAAAGAUUUUACGAGGAAGUUCCGCCGAUGGUGGCCUCGGGACAAAUCAAGUACAGCGAGGACAGGUCAUUCGGGCUCGAGGCGACGGGUGAAGCGAUCGUCUCGGUGCAGAAGGGCACGAAUACGGGGAAGAAGGUCAUCAUUGUGGCUGAGGACGAGUAGGCUGUACCAUGAACCAUAUGUACAUCCCCCGAUAACGACUGCGAUGCC